GAGGCGGCGGGUGACGGCGACUAUCGUGCGUGCAGCUGGACACGCUCGCGAGCGCGGAGAGGCGGCGAGGCUGCAGACAGCGGCUGGCCCACACAGUGCUCCAUCGCCGACCGGGAAGAUGACGCGCGCCAACGCCACCCUCCUGCUUCUGGCCUUGUGCCUGGCGGCCGCCGCUGCCGAGACGGCCAUCAUCGAGCAGCCCGCUGACGUGCUGGUCACUGAGGGCGACGAGGCCGUGCUCAAAUGCAAAACCGACGGCGAGGCCACCAGGUGCAAAUGGCUCCUGAACCGUACUGACAAUCCGUACGAGCUGGUCAAGGUGAAGGAGUUCUACCCGAAGCGUGAUGGCGACUGCAGCAUUCGGAUCAAACAGGUGCGCCAGGUACACGUCGGCCGCUGGGUGUGCAGUGUGCACAUCUCGCUGCUGCAGGACGAGCUGGUCUCUCGGCCCGCCACGGUUGCCAUAGCGACGCUGGAGCCGCGGCCGCGCCACCCGGCCAUCGCGACCCACCCGGUCAACACCAGCGCGUUGGCCGGCCAGCCGGUGGACCUCAGCUGCCGCAUCAGCUCAGAGGUGUCGGCCUGCGGCUGGGCCAUGCCCGACGACGUGGUGAUCACGUUAAGCCGCACCACCAUGUCGCUGCUGGACGACGUGCCGCUCUCCUUCCGCGGCGACCUGGCCGCCGGCGACUGCUCGCUCCGGCUGGGCGCCAUGGAGCCGCGCUUCGCCGGUCAGUGGAGCUGCUUCUUCCAGGUGGACGGCGACACGGUGUGGACGAGCCCGGCGCACCUGGAGCUGGCGGCCGCGCAGGCCCGCACAGGCUCGGCACUGGCCUCCGUAAGCACGACCAUGGCCGCCAUCCUGGUCUUGGUGCUCGUGACCUUCGCUGCCGCCGUCGUUGGCGCCGUCAUCUACCGGCGUCGACGAUCCAAACUGCACCACGCCAAGAUGGUGGAUAAUCCGCUGUACGGCAUCAAAAACCUACAGAUGGCUGCCGCCGCCAGCGCCGCAGAGCGGAAGGCGAAGGAAGAGAAUCGUCUGAACAGCGUUACCGUGGUGGCGCCACCGUCGGCCAAGGGUCUCCAGGAGCUGGGUCUCGUGGGACGCGCCCCUCCCAACGAUUAUUCCAUGAAGGGCAAGGCGCCGACCGGCGAGGACGAGCACAAGUACGCGCACGUGUACGACACGCCGCGCAAGGGACACCUUUACGCCGUGCCCAGCUCCAAGGAGGCGUACCAGGUGCCCCGCUCCUCAUACGAGAUCCCGCCACCGCCCGUCAAGGUCGACUCCGGCGUCGACCCCGAGAACAACGUAUACGAGGAGGUCAGGUCAGUGCUAUUCCGCGACGAGGACAUGGACGGCUAUCUGAUCCCCAAGGAGAAGCUGAAGCCCUAGUGUGCACCUGAGAGCGGUGGUGCGCGGAAUGAUGCCGGCUGCGGGGCGGAGGAGGCCGGGGCACGGGACUGCCUGCGACGGACGUGACGCGCAGAUGGGGCUCCGUGCAGGGCUGAUUGCCUCUCCUUGCGCUGCGCUGUUCACCUCAAGAAAGAAGUCAGAGCCUCGUCAGAGAGCAAGCUACUGUUAACGUCAUUCCGUGUCCUUGGAUUGCUCUGUGCAAUUCUGUCAGAGGCGAUCUGGCUUGGUGAUCGUGGUGUAGUGUCUCUAUGUCCUGUUCUGUUUAAACUUGUGUGUGUCUGUGUAUGAAGAUGGGACGGGCCGUACCCUGAAUGGCCUGGCACGUUCCAUUGCGCGCGGGAUACUACGUUACGGCGCUGCCAGUAUGCAGUGCUGAAGCUGUUAUCCGCCGGUCGUCCGCAAAUACCAAAGACCUUUGUGAGAUAAUAUACACUGUCCACGUCAGC